GAUGCAGUGAUGGCCUCCCCCAAGGGCUUCCCAAGCCUGACCUUAAACGACGGCAACACAAUUCCAGUGGUCGCUUAUGGGCUGGGCACUGCCAAUGGCAAAAAAGGCCGCAAAGAGUUCGAUGAGGGUCUGGUCAAUAUAACGGUGAAGGCCCUCAAAGCUGGCUUCACGCAUCUCGACGGCGCUGAAGCCUACGGCAAUGAAGCCGAGCUCGGAGCCGCCGUCAAGGCCUCGAGCGUCCCGCGCGAGGAUCUCUUCAUCACGACCAAGGCCACCGCAAGGGCAGACAAACCGCUCGAGGAGAACUUCUCUGCGUCCCUGGCCCGGCUCGGCCUGGACUACGUGGACCUGUACCUGAUCCACUCGCCCUUCUUCACCACGGACCCCAAAAUCCUGCAGGCCAAGUGGGCCGAGAUGGAGGCGAUCCGGGCCUCGGGAAGGGCCAAGUCGAUCGGCGUGUCGAAUUUCAUCCAGGAGCAUCUCGACGCCGUCCUCGAGACGGCCAAGGUCCCGCCUGCCAUCAACCAGAUCGAGUUCCAUCCGUACCUCCAGCACGUCACGCAGGACCGUGGCGAGGACCUGCUGGGGUUCCAGGGGGAGAAGGGCAUCGCUACCAGCGGGUAUGGUGGCCUGACGGCCCUCACGAGAGCGGCACCUGGACCGGUCGAUGGUGCGUAUGCGGAGCUGGCGGACAAGUAUGGCGUGACGGAGGGGGACGUGGCGCUGCGGUGGACGCUGGACAAGGGCGUGAUUGCCAUCACGACAAGUUCGAGGGAGGAGAGGCUGCAGGAGUAUCUGGAUAAGCUGCCUAGCUUCAGCCUUACCGAGGAUGAGGUGAAAGAGAUCUCGGAUUUGGGACAUAAGAAGCACUUCAGAGCAUUCUGGAAGGGCCAGUUUGAUGAGGAUGACUGGAGGUAAAGAAGGAAAAGAUUGUGCUACACAAGUGCGACUUGCUUGGAGCCAAUGUUGACAUAUUGUGUCAAUUCUGUUAAGCAAGUCUAGAAAUUGAAUUGAGUACUUAUCUACG